AUGUUCGGUAACUCAAAUCAAAGCACUUUUGGACAAAGUGCAGGAACAAGUGGCUUUGGACAGCCAAAUCAAACAUCGUUAUUUGGAACUAACACACAGACACCUGCUUUUGGUAAGACUCGUCUUUCUCGAGAAAGAAAUAACCGCGGCUUUGGAGCAGGAACGUCAACUUCUACGGGCACGGGCGGUUUUGGAGGCUUUGGCGUUCAAAAUCAGACAACGCCAACUUUUGGGUUCGGGGCUCCUGCAUCAAAUCCAAGUGGUGGUUUGUUUGGAACGCCAACAGUAACCCCUUUCGGUGGUACGGGGACAUCCACUGCGACACCAAGUCCACCUCCUAACGGUACAGCGAAUCCAUCUUAUACGACAACAAGCGAAAAAGAUCCAGCUGGAACUUUGAAUAUUUUCCAUAGUAUUAGUGCAAUGCCUGCGUACAGAAAUUUCUCUUUUGAGGAACUUCGACUACAAGAUUACCAAUUAAAUCGAAAACCACAUGCUACUGGAUCUAAUUUUGGUGGGAUUGGUAGUGUAACACCAUCCUUUGGAGCUACAAGCACUCCAAGUGCGUUUGGUGCUGCACCUAGUGGGUUUGGUAAUGCUUUUGGUGUUAAAUCAACACAACCCUCUCAGCCAUUUGCAUUUGGUGGUGGUGCUACAGCGACUCCCGCUGCUGGAGGAGGUUUUGGCGCUCAAGUCGGUUCAUCACAAUUAUUUGGCGCAUCAAAACCUUUCGGUGCACCAACAGGAGGGGGGUUUGGUACUGCCACGCCAGGUGCUGGAGGUGGGUUUGGAAAUGCAAUUGGUGGAAUAGGUGGUAGCAGCCUUUUCGGAACAACAACUACGCCGGCUACACCUACAUUUGGAGCAACAAAGACCACAACAACAGCGCCUACAUUUGGACAACCCAACUUCGGAGGCGGAGGUCUGACUACAGGCUUUGGAUUUGGUCCUAAAACUACUAGUGCGGCUAUAACGACAAGUGCACCUGCUUUGAACUUAUUUAAUACUACUAAACCUUCAUUUGGAUUCGGUACUCAAAGCACCGGAAGUGUUUUCGGAGGUGCUGCACCAGCCACAUCAAAUACAACCAGCAACCUGUUCGGCAAUUUCGGCGCAACUACGAGUGCGCCUACGGGAAAUCUAGGGAUGGGGCUAUUUAGCAAACCAACAGUACCAAGUAUUAAUCUUGGAACCGCUACUCAGGCACAACCUUCAAGUUUUAAUCUUGGUGCACCCAGCAUGGGAUUUGGUACCGCCUCCGUAGCUGCGCCUUUUGGACAAACUGGUCAAACCCAAGGAUUAGAAGCUAGUGUUGACAAGUCACCGUAUGGUGACAUCCCAGUUUAUCAGAUGACAUCAUCAAUGCCUACUAAACCGACAGUAACCGCUACUCCCCUUGCAUCAAGUCCCACGAAAAAGAAAUCUAUUACUACUUCUCAUAAAGUCACACCCAAACCAACCACAAAACUCAAACCAUUUAUACUUUCAUCGUCGCCUACUAAUCAAGGUUUCAGACCAGAAGUCAAACCAUUACACCUAUUUGAAUCUGUGAGUCAGGACGAUAUAUUAAGUCCUGACGCAUUCACAAGACGGAAUCCUAGAAAACUAGUGUUAGAUCAUUCUGUUGAGCCACAGGAGUUAUUGUCUGAACCUGAUGCUCGGCCAGGAGCGUCAAAUGAGGGACAAACACCAAUUAAAAAAUCUAUACCUUUCGACUCUAGACUUGAGUCGGGUGCUGAUACUAUAUCUCAUUCAUUUAGUCCAAAAAAUAUUAGAUCCAUAGAUAUAUCUAGCAGUUCUACGACUGCAACCCCAACGAAGAUAUCAAAAACACCAUUGACAUCUCCAUCUAAUGGAUCAACUAAAGAGGAGGAGAUAUUUUCAUCACCAAUUCUUGACAGUGAAUACUAUUCUACUCCUACAAUUAAAGAUCUCAAGGAAAUGAGUCCAGAGCAUUUAAAAUCAGUUAGUGGUUUUCUAGUGGGAAGAAAAGGUUAUGGUGCCAUUGAAUAUCCCGACCCAGUGGAUCUUAGUGAAAUCAAUCCAAUUGAUGAUAUUCUAGGAAAAAUCAUUAAAUUUGAGUCACAACACUGCACCGUUUAUGGCAAUGAUUAUAACAAACCACCUCCGGGGCAAGGACUCAAUAAGCCUGCAAUAAUCUCAUUGACAAAUUGUUGGGCUUUGGAUAAAAGUAAUCGACAACCGAUUACUGAACCAGAAGAUCACCGGUAUCAACAACGUAUUGAAAGAUUAAAAAGGGUUGAAGGCACAAAAUUCAUUACUUUCGUGCCUGCAACUGGUACCUGGGUAUUUCAAGUAGAACAUUUUACUACAUACGGUCUUAUCUUUGAUGAUCCCGAAGACCAAUAUGAAGAAAAGCGGUUUCAAUUCCCUGUAAUACUUCCUGUCACCGAACAGGAUGAAUCAAAACCUCUAUCUCAGUCACGAAAAGGAAAAGAAAAAGAACAUGAUAUUGAUAAACUUAGUCCUGUGAUUAAUUUUUCAGAAGCCUUGGGGCAUGAUCCUGACGUUAUCAGUGAAAUGCAAAAUUUCAUAUUUCAUAGUGAAGAUAAUAUGUCAAUGGAUACUACCAUGGACAAUGAAGAAUUUGAUGAUUCUCGUAAACGUAGUUUGGGAAGUUAUGAGGAUCAAAAUGCCAUGCAAAUUGAGGAACGACCUAUUGUGGAGUCACGUAAGUCGUUUUCCACGGCGGUAGAGACACCUCAACGAGAUGUAGUUAUCCCUAUGCCUAGCAAGUAUCGUAGGAUUGUUGAUUAUAAUGAUUCCGUUGUAUUUGGAAAAAAUUAUUGCAAAGAAGAUUCAGGACUUGUAAUGGGAAGGUCUUUUAGAGUAGGAUGGGGUCCCAAUGGAAUUCUCGUUCGCUGCAGUAAAGUAUGUGGAAUUUCAAAUGUAAUAUCAGCCUUCUCUCCAAAAGGCAAGAAUACUGGCUUAAGUAAAAACACUGGAAUGCCUUCAAUAAUUCAAUUUGAACAACUUCGAAUGUUUGCUGAUACGGAAGAUAAGGAAAAAAGAAAACACAAUAGAUUAAUGGAAUUUAUUUUCGACAACUCAACAAUUGGACAAGAAAAUGGAAUACCAUAUGUUGAUACUGCUAAGGUUAAUUUUAAAAACAUAAUAGACGCUUUUCAAAGUGAAGACAUCCACCGACAUGAAAAAUUGAUUUGGGAACUUGGACACGCUUUAUGGGAUGAUAUCAAAAUUCCUGGCACUGAUCAAACAGCUCAGGAAGUUGUAGAAAAAAUUGAUCUUGAAAAGCGUAAAGAACGAAUUUCGAAAUGGUUCAAGGAUGCCGUUUCACUUCAUGCUAUAGCGCACAAUAAGCGUGCCAAUAAUGCACCAGAGACCAUUUUCGUUUGUCUUAGUAGUAAAGAUAUAAUGAAAGCUUCAAAAGUGGCAAUUAAGGAACGCUAUUUCCGUUUAGCGACAUUAUUGUCCCAAUUAUGCGGGAACGAUAAAUUUUUUAGAAAACAUAUUGAAGAUCAAAUUGAACAUUGGAAACAGACUGGAGUAGAUAAGCUUAUAUCUAAGGACAUUUGGAAGCUUUAUGAAAUAAUGGUUGGGAAUGUAAGACCGUCAAUAUACGGAUUGGAUUGGAAACGUGCUCUUUGUAUGCACAUGUGGUAUGGUCGCUAUUCGGAUGAACCAUUUGAUAAGGCUUUCGCUGAUUACGAGGGUACACGAAAAUUACCAUUACCAGGAGUUACAAAACCAUUACCGUGGUACAAGGAUGAAAUAUAUCCAAAACCUCCCGUAUCUUGGGCUGUUUCGGAUAAUGAAGAUAUUUUUGAUGUUCAUUAUCAUCUUUUAAAACUUUAUGUCGAUUCAACCCAUCUCCUCGAUGAUGUAUUACUCCCAUUGUCUAUUUCACCUUCGCCAUUAGAUUACCGCGUGACAUGGUUAUUGCAUUUCAUGCUCGCUCGCACGUUAACUGUGAGAGACUUUGUAGGCAAAGGUGUGACUGCUGAUUGUGUCACAUUGAAUCUUGUUAACCAAUUGGAACUGUUAGGAUUGCAUAAGUGGACACUUUUUGCCGCUUUGUUCAUAAAUGAGCCUUACAGGUGA